CAGGGUACCCUCUGCUGCUCUGUCUACAUCAGUGCUGGCUCAAGGGAGGGAAAGAUGGACAAAAGCAAACUGCAGAAACAACAUAUCUGAGUGACUGUCUGUGGACGAGGAAAAGGUCUUCUUACAGGUUUCUAUCAAACUCUUGGAGGGAUUGUGCAGAUAUGACUGUAGCUUGAGGUCUCUCUAGGAGCGACAUCAGACAGGAUGGAGACUCCGAAUGAAGCUGACAUCAUUAACUUCACCAGUGGUGAUAACACCAGCCUCUUUUCAAGGAGCCCUUACACAGCAGUGGAGAUAGUACUCAUCGUCCUGGUUGCUGGAUCCCUGAGUCUGAUCACCGUCAUUGGAAACAUCCUGGUUAUGGUCUCCAUAAAGGUAAACAGGAACCUGCAGACCGUCAACAACUACUUCUUAUUCAGCUUGGCCUGUGCAGACCUUAUUAUUGGGAUCUGCUCUAUGAACCUAUACACUGUCUACACUGUGAUUGCCUACUGGCCUUUGGGAGCAGUGGUAUGCGACCUUUGGUUGGCUGUUGAUUAUGUCGUCAGCAACGCUUCAGUCAUGAACCUGCUCAUUAUAAGCUUUGACCGAUACUUUUGUGUCACAAAACCUCUAAGCUACCCAACCCGUCGCAGCACAAAGAUGGCCGGAUUGAUGAUCGCUGCUGCCUGGGUCCUGUCCUUCAUCCUGUGGGCUCCUGCCAUUUUAUUCUGGCAGUUCUUUGUAGGAGAAAGAACGGUGCCCCCUGAUCACUGCUUCAUCCAGUUCUUCUCUAAUGCAGCAGUGACAUUUGGGACAGCCAUAGCAGCCUUCUACCUGCCAGUAGCCAUCAUGAUCUACCUGUACUGGCGAAUCUCUAAGGCAAGCCGAAGCCGCAUGAGGAAGAACAGCAGGAAGACUUCAGGUACGAGUUUGGCAGAACCUCCCUCAAACAGCCAAGAGGAAGGCUGCGAAAACAACUGUGGCACAAAAAAGCAAGACAAGCAAGAGGAUGGUGUAGAUGGGACGGACGAGGACAUGUUGCAUCAGCAAAAUGGAACUGGGCCGUGUAGUGAAGAGCAAGUAGACCAGGUGGACUCUACAUCAGAGAUCGUCCAAGCUUCAACAUCCAAAGAUCCCUGUUCAUUGAGGAAGAGCACAAGUAUUGGUAAAAAUCAAACACAGCCUUCUCCACAGAUUUCAGCUAUUGAUCGACAAAGUAUGGUUGCAAGGACAUUACUCAUGGCCACAAAGCGUACUGUAACCGAGCGAGUCGUGACAAAGUGGAAAAGGAGAGGUAAUUCUUCCAGGGAGAGAAAGGUGACCAGGACCAUCAUGGCCAUCCUGAUCGCUUUUGUCGUCACAUGGACGCCCUACAACGUAAUGGUCCUCAUUAACACAUUUUGCUCCACCUGCAUCCCUAAAACGUUGUGGACCAUUGGCUACUGGCUAUGCUACAUCAACAGCACCAUCAACCCCGCCUGCUACGCCCUCUGCAACGCCACCUUCAAGAACACCUUCAAGCACCUGCUCCUGUGUCAGUACAAGAACAUUCGUGGUCGAUGAGGUUAGGAAAGGAGCUGACACUGAUGGACCCACUAAGCAUAAGUAGAUUCUGUGAGUUCCUGUGCACUUAAUUUAUUUAAAACCAUCAAAACUGUUAUGUGUACUUUUUUAUACUCUAAUAAAGACCUGCUACAGUUUUUAAAUCCAGUUUUUUUUAAAUCUCCAAUGAGCACUUGGGGAAAAAAUAUUUGAAUUGUUUGUUCCUGAACAUGUGCAAUCCAUUGAUAGUGAUGUUGUAAAUGUGUUGGAAAUGUACUAAAACUGCAAAAAUAACUAAACGUAUUAGGAUCCAAGACAGUUUAUUAGUAUGUUUUUUUCAGAGAGUAAAACACAAGAAUUGCUUUUAUUAGGCAGAGAAAAUUGAGGUAGCAAAUGUAAACUGCAUUAGCAAUGAUAAAUCUAGAUCUAGUCAGUUAUAUUAGGCUCACAUUAAUGGCGUCUGUAAUAUGUGAUGUUGUGACAAGAGAUUGUGAAAUCUGUUCACAUCACUUCUCUUUGAGAGAUGUUUUUUUUUU